ACCUGAGAUUGCCAAUUAUUAAUUCAAGAAGAGAACUCUCAUCUUAAACGAGUCGUACUGAAUUUAACUCCCUUUUUCCCCAUACCAAAAGAGUUGAAUUUGAGACUUCCAGGGCUGAGAUACUCCUUUGCCCAUAUUGCAUAAUUCUUUGGUUAAAAUAAAUGGACAGAAGACUGAGGGAGGCUGCUCAAAAAGGAGAUGUGCAACACUUGCAAAACUUGAUCAAAGAAGACACUCUUCUGCUCAGGGGAGUUUCAUUAGCAGGUUGCGAAACUCCUCUGCAUAUUUCUUGUUCGAGUGGCCAUCUUGAGUUUUCUAAGGAGAUCAUUCACCUGAGGCCCGAAUUUGCAAGAGAACUAAAUCAGGAUGGAUUCAGCCCUUUGCAUAUUGCCUCAGCAAAUGGAGAUAUACAGAUUGUGAAGGAGCUAUUGAAUGUUGACUACAAUCUAUGCCUUCUCAAGGGGAAGGACAGAAGAAUUUCUCUUCAUUAUGCAGUAAUCAAAGGCAGAGAACAUGUCAUGAAGGAGCUUCUUGUGGCUUCUCCAGACUCAGCAGAAGAAGUGACUGCUCGUGGCGAGACUUGUCUUCAUUUAGCUGUCAAGAAUCAUCAGUUUGAAGGAUUCAAAUUAUUACUUGACAACCUCAAGGAAUUUAACAUGUAUGAUCUUUUAAACAAGAAGGAUAUCCAAGGAAACACUGUUUUGCAUCUUGCUGUCUCAACUAAGCAAUACGAGGUUGUUGAUAUAUUGCUCGAUGAGAAUGUUGUUUCUAAGGGCACAAUUGAGAUGAAUUCUUUGAACAAAGGAGGCCUUACACCUUUGGAAGUACUACUUAGGGAAUCCGGAGAUAAGAGAUAUUGAGGAAAUUCUAAGAACAUCUGGUGCUGUAUCUGCUGAACUCUUGCAAUCUUCGCAACAAGAAGGUUUGCCACAAUCUUGGGUUGUUCCAGUUCAAGAUCCAUCAAAUGAACAAUCCAGCAGAGAACAAACAAGAGACGAUGGGCCUCGAUCUAAUUCUAAGAAGCUUCAGGAUUUCUUCAAGUAUAAUAAGACCAAAGAUCCUCCAGGAAAAGUAAGAGAUACCCUUCUUGUGAUAGCCAUUCUAAUUGCAACAGCAACUUAUCAAACAGUGCUUAGUCCACCAGGCGGUGUUUGGCAGGACACUUAUUGGCCUGAGGGAAAUAAGAGCAACAACAAUGAUGUCAAUAUGGAGUCCUCGCGACGUAUUGCAGGACAGUCAGUGAUGGGAACCAACAAUCCAAUUUCCUAUGGCUUGUUCUUGGUUUUCAACUCCAUCGGAUUUUUCGUAUCCCUCCAUACAAUAAAUUUCCUGACCAUAGGAUUUCCUUUGCAAUUGGAACUACAGGUCUCACUUGUUGCCUUGAUAGCAACCUAUGAUACUGUGAUGUUUGCGAUAACGCCUAACCUGGGAAUAUCUCUCUUCUUUUUUAUCUUUUCUUCAGUCUUUCCAUUUUUGUUGCCUUGCAUUACAAAGUUGGUGAGAAACUAUUGCAAGAAACCUAUAUUCUUGUCAAGAAUUACAAACUGUUAAGUUACUUGAACAACAUCUUUCUGUAUAUUUA